UAACUACAACAAGAAGAGCAUCAGGAAUACUCGUAAUAAUAAUAAUAAUAAUAACAGUUGCGGCCAACAGCGACGGCUGCAAAAUGUAAACGGCGAGUGGAGGACUCGGCAACUGGGUCCGUGAAACUCUGCAGCAAAAGCAAAGUUAAAAGGCAACCAAGAAGAUUCCAAGACUAGCAACAACAACUACAACAAUAACAAAAACAACAACAACAACAACCGCAGCAACAAACAAAAUACGCAACAUAAAUGAAGUUAACAAUCUGUCAAAUUGCUAAAUUAUUUCUGCUGUUGACAGCCUUCUUCUUUCUCAAUUCCCACAACGUCUCCUCCACAUUCACCACCAACAGCAGCAACAGUACCAUCUCCGCCAUCAACAGCAGCAGCAACAACAAUAGCAACAACUACAAAAACAGUUUCACGGAGCCAGUUCCAUUGCUUGUCCGGCAGACCACAACGCAAGCUGGCAAAGUGCUCAAGACAACGGCAAAUGCAACUGCAAUAGCAACAGCAACAGUAACAGCAACGGCAACAGCUGCUGCCACGCAUACUUUCCCCACAGCAACAGCAACAACUACGUUUAGCAGCAAUUCAAUUUUGAGCAGAACAACAACAACAACAGGAAAACAACAACAACCAUCACGUAAUGCGCGAGAAUUUGAACGUCAGGCACGUCAACAGCAAAAGCCCACAGCACAGCAGCAGCCACAACGACAACCACGUCAACGUCGACAACAGCAGCAACAACAGCAACAACAACAACAGCAACAACAGCAACAAAAACGCGACGCGUCCGCUGCAGCUUUGGCGGCACAACGUGUGGCCGUUUUAAUACCAUCAUCAUUGCACAUUGAUAUGAUGCAUGUGCAACAGGGCUUUCAGUAUUUCCUCGACUUUUUCCAAGUGCAUUUAUCUAACGCCACUGUCGAUUUUCUACACGAUGUUGAUUUAAGUGGCUUCAUUAAAUUACUCGAGCUACCCAAAUACACGAGCGUUGUAAAGACUUUAAAUGCGGGCAUUAAUGUAGACACCGACGUGGACUACAAUGAUGAUGGCAACGGCAAUGGCAAUGGCAAAAGCGUUGGCGAUGGCGAUGGCGAUGGCGUUGACCCAACAAAGCAACGUCAGCAGCAGCAACAAGAAACCCAAAUGAAACAGUUGUCAGCAGACAUUUUAUCAGCAACGGCACAGCAAGUUAAGAAACAACAACAACAGCUUGAACUGGAGGCGGGACAACACUCGGGACAACACUCGCUGACCCGCAGCCUGGGUCACUGUCAUCAACUGGCUGAACAACUUGCUCACGAUUAUAAUAAAAGCGUCGUCUUCUGGCCCUGUCCUCACAUGAAAAUCUCGAGCAAUUUUCUGCCAUCAUUCGAGGCAAUUUCCCUGGCCGUGCGCAGUAUUGCCAGCAAGUUGAAUUGGACGCAGGUUGACAUCUAUGUUGGCGACGACAAUUGGGGCCUACCGCUGGCCAUAGCGACCAACUUGCAUAUACCUUAUCGCAUCGAAAUUGGCGGACGAAUACGUGACCUGCAUGAAGAGGAUAAGCCGGGUCGAGCAAUUAUUAUUACGGCGCCGUUGAAUGAUGAUAGCACGCUGCGUUGGCUACAGAGCCGAGAAUGGGCCAAGCAGCAGCACACAAAAGUGGUGCUCAUCGAUAUUGUGGCCAGCUCAUUGAAUGUCGAGCAUCGAUUCUACAAAUAUUUGGCACGCAAUGGGAAUGGGAAUCAGAAUGGGAAACAGAAUGUGAAUGCGAAUGGAAAUGGCUAUAGCAAUGGUAAUAGCACUGUUAAUGGCAACACAGAGCGACCCGUCUCCGGACUAGUGACCAGCAAUCUGUUGGUGCUGACGCUGCUAAGCGAUAAGCAUCGACACUUUUUGAAUGCGGCCGGAAUUGGCAUGACGAUGGUGCAAAAUUUCCGUACAACACCAGAGCUAGAGGAAGAAGACACAACAACAACAACAACAACAACGACAACGUUGCCACCGUCGCCACAUCAAAAUGCUAGCCUCAACAAACUGCGACCCUUUAUGAAUCUGUUUUCGUUAUACGAUUUGUUGCUGUCCGAUAUUGCAUUGCCGCCUGCAACAACAACAACAACAGCCACUAAGGGAGCAGCAACAAUGCCAAAAUACGAUUUCAUGGUACUCGAUAUUGUUCUCGACGCUGCACUGGCCACAUACAAAUGGCGGCCACUGUUGAUUCUUGAGCAUGGCGCUGAGAAUAAUGGUGCGGGCAGUUAUAAAACACACGCCAUUCAGCCGGGCUACGAUGAAUGGCUGCUGGUGAGCAGCGUGAAAAUGUGGCACUGUGGCGCCAUCUGUUGGACAAUAGCCGCCAUAUGCAUUGGCCUCAUCCUCAUCAUGGUGGCCGCAAGCGUUGCGGUCGGCGUUGCAGUCAGAAAUUACUUUUUGCGCAAGCGACUCUCAAAGGGACCUAACAAGAUUGUCCUGUCGGCCAAUGACUUUGUAUUUCCGGUGGACUCACGUAGGGUGGACGAAGGCAUCGAAGCGAUGCUCUGCUGCUGGCUGCAACAGUUACAGGAAUUCGGUGGUCCCGAAGUGGAUAAACCGGAUUUGCUGAAGGGUUCCAUUGGCUCGCUGAAGAACCUCGGAUUUGUGAUACCCGGCGCAGCGGCUCCCGGCAAUAAUAGUGGCGCCAUCGCUGCCGCUGCAACAGCAGCAGCAGCUGGAACAACAACAACAACGGUGACGGUGAAUGGCAAGAGUGUUUCCUCGACCACGGGCAGUCUGGCGAGACAUAAUCCAGCGCAUUUGGAUAUGCGAGCUCGCUACAAUGGAGAUCUGGUACAGCUCAAGGAGAUACAUUUGAAUGGCUCCGCCGAGCUGCGCUCCAAGGCCAUGGAUCUGCUGGUAAUGGCGCAUGGACUGAGACACGAGAACAUUAAUCCCUUAAUAGGCUGGCUGUCGGAUCCCAAUCGCACAGCUAUGGUGUUUGACUAUUGUUCGCGUGGCUCCCUGCAAGAUGUCCUAAUCAUGGAUGAAAUAAAACUAGAUUGGUCUUUCCGCCUCAGUCUGCUGACGGAUUUGGUGCGUGGCAUGCGAUAUUUGCAUGCUUCACCUUUGCGAGUUCAUGGCGCUCUGACCUCCAGGAAUUGUGUUGUCGAUGCCCGUUGGGUGUUGAAGAUCACCGACUAUGGCUUGAAUUCGUUUUACGAGGCGCAGGGCAUAUCGCUGGGACCACGUAAUGCCAAGGAGCUGCUGUGGACGGCACCUGAAUUGCUGCGCACCAUGAAAACGCAUCAGCAACAGCAUCAUCAUCAUCAUCAGCAUGGACGCAUUCAGAUGGGCACCCAACUGGGUGAUGUCUACUCCUUUGGUAUCAUUAUGCAGGAGGUUGUGGUCAGAGGUGAACCUUAUUGCAUGCUCUCGCUGUCGCCGGAUGAUAUCAUUGCGAAAAUCAAGAAGCCACCGCCACUGAUACGACCAUCGGUGUCCAAAGGCGCUGCCCCACCGGAGGCCAUCAACAUAAUGCGACAAUGUUGGGCCGAACAACCAGACAUGCGUCCCGACUUUAAUUCUGUCUAUGAACGCUUUAAGAUGCUGAAUCAUGGACGCAAAGUGAACUUUGUAGACACCAUGUUCCAAAUGCUUGAAAAGUACUCCAACAAUCUGGAGGAGUUGAUCAGGGAACGCACUGAUCAAUUGGACAUUGAACGAAAGAAGACUGAGCAGCUGCUGAAUCGCAUGUUGCCAAGCUCCGUUGCUGAAAAACUUAAAAUGGGCCUGGCUGUCGAUCCUGAGGAAUUCUCUGAUGUCACCAUCUACUUCAGCGACAUUGUUGGUUUUACAACAAUCGCCGCCCACUGCAGUCCCGUUCAAGUGGUGGACUUGCUCAACGAUCUCUACACCAUAUUUGAUGCCACCAUCAAUGCUUAUAAUGUUUAUAAGGUGGAAACCAUUGGCGAUGCUUACAUGGUUGUAAGUGGACUGCCAGUGAAAAUACCCGAUCAUGCAGAGCAGAUUGCGACCAUGGCUUUGGAUCUGCUUCAUCAAAGCGGACGCUUCAAUGUCAAGCAUUUGCCAGGUGUGCCGCUGCAACUGCGCAUUGGACUACACACUGGACCGUGCUGUGCUGGCGUCGUGGGUCUAACUAUGCCACGUUAUUGUCUCUUUGGUGACACUGUUAACACGGCGUCCAGAAUGGAAUCAACAGGCUCUUCGUGGCGUAUUCACAUGUCGCAAGAGACGCGCGAUCGUCUCGAGGCGCGUGGUGGUUAUUCGAUUGAGCCGCGAGGUCUCAUUGACAUCAAGGGCAAGGGCAUGAUGAACACGUUCUGGCUGCUGGGCAAGAAGGGCUUCGACAAGCCGCUGCCGAUGCCACCGCCAAUCGGUGAGUCCCAUGGUUUGGAUGAAUCUCUUAUACGCAACUCCAUCGGACUGAAGGCACAGGCAAAUAAAUCUCGCACCAGCACCAAUCCUUCGUCCUCGCAGAGCUCCUCGCUGGCUGGAGAAUCCGUGGAAGUCAAAGUGGAAAUCACACCACCCACCAACGUGGACGUGGGAUCCAGCAAUCUGCCCAACUCCUAUUCGCUGGACUCGAACUCGACGAACACCAUCAGUCCCAACACGACGCUGUGUCCCGAGUUUCCUACCAAGACCCCAAGCAGCACAAGUCCACAAUCGCGAAAACUUUCCGAGCUGACGCCAGACAGUCUCUUGAACCCGAACACCUUCAAUCGGCUGCCCAACUCGACUGGUGGUUCCAGCUCGCGACUUUACAAGAAAAUCGAAGAGAUGAUGGACCUCAGCUCCCCAUACAAUCACUACAAAUGCCUCAGUCCCAGUGAGAGCAAUCUCACGCAGUUCUACGACGGCAAAUAUCUGUAUGGGAAUAAUCCACAAUCUGGUCAUGCGGCUCAUGGCGCCAACGGACCUGGCAGCGGCGGUUGCUCAGUGAGCGGCAGCACUUCGAAGUUCGACAGCAAGCCCGGCUCAAGUCGCCUGCUGCGUCGUCAGUUUAGUUUGGAUCGCGACGAUCAGCAAUCAAAGGCGGAGCAGCAACAUCAACAUUCGCUGCAAGCGAGCAACUAUGCGGCGUUGUUGCAUGCCAGCAAAAACUCCAUGCUGGAGAUACCCAUGCUGCACGACACCUCACGCAGUCCCAAGGGCACCUUGAGCCGGGUGCACAAGCAGAACUCCUCAUCCAUAGCCCAGGAUCUGGAGAAAAUCGAGGAGAUACCGCUGUCGCCUGCUUCAUCGCAGCAUCACAGCAGCCUCGACAGCAAUCUGAAUCGCAGUCCGCCCUCCACACUGGAGGCGCAAUCCCCAACGCUGCCUCCCAUGUCUGCUGCAGCUGCCUCGCAACUCAGUCCUCCACUGCUCUCGGCUCCAACGUCGCCGGCGCCAUCGCGCACCUUGAAUGGCAUGCAUGCUCACAGCCUGAGCAGCAGCAACAGCAACAAUAACAACAACAGCAGCAGCAACAGCAGCUCGAAUGCCACACAAGAGAACUCCCAACGGCCUGGCCCAGAGAUUACGCUGAAUGUGGAGCAACUGCUGAGUAGAUAGGGCACAGUCUAGGCCCCUCCAGGGCCUAGUAACUCUUGAAAGCUUUAGUAAUUUUGGAGUGUUGUGAUCUGUGGAAAGCAAAAGUACCUCGAUGCAUGCAACAAACUUGGUUCCAGCUGCAAAAUGAAAGUACAAUUUAGUUGAAGAUUAGUUCAAAUUAUGGCCACAACUCGCAGCUUUGGACGAGUGUGUGCCAUUAACCAUCUAGUCAAUGUGUAAAAGGCAGUUUAACCCAUUAACUCUACUGCUUAAAAAAAAAAACAUUUAAUCUCUUUCAAUUUUUUGUUUAUUUUAAAAAUCAAACGGAAAAGAAUUACAUUUAAUUUUACAAUUAAACGCUACAGAACUAAUGGGUUAAAUAUGCCUCAUAAUAGGUAUUUGUAACUGCUUCUAUAGGAUAUUCGGUAUUUAUUGUUCUACCGAUCUUAAGUAUUAAUCCAUUCUGUGUAAGUCUAAUCAAAAGUACAUAUAACAUAUAUUAUAUAUACAUAAAUUAAUCAAGUGCAUGGAACUCCUGAACUGAAGCAACUAAAUAAGCGUAAUCAAAAACUAUAUCUGAUCUGAACUUUUGGGGCUGAUUCUAUCAUCCACUCCACAUUCUACACAUAAAGUUCCUUUCAAAGUAAAAUAAAUAUGUCAGUAUGUAAAUAACGUUGAUACUGUCAUUAAAAAAUAUUUAAAACAUAUUAUCAAAUAAGAAUUAUAUACGUGAAUUUAGUUUUCUAAAGACAAUCGUUAUUAAUUUUAUAAAAAAAAGUCAAGAAAGUGAAGGAAUGUAAUAAAGAAAAGUAGAUCAACAGUAGUUGAUCUUUUUGUCGGUACUUUUUAAGUAUUUUGUAGCAGCUCUAUAAUAGACUAGUCGGAUUGUAAACUACUCAUCCUCUGUGUCAAGUAUUAACUGAUAUUAAAUAUAUAUCUAUACUUAUAUUUAUUUAAAAAAGAAAACCAAAAUAAAACUUAAAUCAAAAAUAUCAGUUAUUAAAUGGUAAGGAUAUAGCAAAUUCAACCGGAAUAUAAUUCAAAUAUAAAUCGAUCCCACUAAUGCAACACUUUUAUAACUUACCUAUGUAGGUGUAGCUCCUAAGAUCAAACAAAUAAAUUACCCUUCAUUUAUGGCAUACUACA